AUGUUAUUCAAGAUUCACCAGCAGCCAACAGGCCCAGGGUCCUCCAGCAUCUCCAGGCCCAGGACUCUCCAGCAGAUACCAGGCCCGCCACCAGGCCACGAAUUUAAUGAAAGAGAAGACAAUUAUGGCAAUUACAGUGAUUUUGAUUAUGGAGACUAUGCUCCAGCCAACUCCACCGAUGUAAAGGAAUUCAGCCAAGUGUUUCUUGCUAUUCUCUACAGUUUGGUUUUCAUCCUGGGCUUCAUAGGUAAUGGACUAGUGGUGUGUGUCCUGGUGAAGCAUCGCAAUCAGAGCAACCUGACAGACAUCUGCCUCUUCAACCUGGCUCUCUCUGACCUCCUCUUUGUCUUCAUGCUGCCUUUCUUCUCUCACAAUACCAGGGUUGGCCAGUGGACCUUUGGAGACUUCAUGUGCCGUUUGAUCUCCGGGUCUCACCACAUUGGCUUCUUCAGCAGCAUCUUCUUCAUGGUUGUCAUGACGCUGGACCGCUACAUGAUCAUCAUGCACGCUCACAGGGUUGCACGUUAUCGCACAAAGAAGGCAGCCAUCAUUCUGACCAUGCUCGUUUGGAUGCUGAGCUUGUUUGUCUCUCUGCCGGAUUUUAUCUUCAUACAGGAAACAAAAGAGUCCCAGAAGUUUGGAUGUGACUAUCCCAAGGAGAGCAAAGUCUGGGAGCAUUACAACCUGUUCACCACAAAUGUGCUGGGUCUUGUGAUUCCCGUGCUGGUGAUGGUAGUGACCGAGGCCUUAGCUUACACUCACUGCUGUCUGAAUCCCAUCAUUUAUGCUUUUGUGGGAGAGAAGUUUAUGAGACGAGCCUUGCAGCUGCUGAAAAGGUUGAUGCCUGGUUACAGCAGAGAUCUGACAGACAGCUCAUUCAGGAGGAGCUCAGUUAUGUCCAGGGGCUCUGAAAUCACCUCCUCCUUUAAACUGUAG